UCUCUUGGCUGCACGCGGUGUCAGCAUCACCAUCCGAUCUCCGCCAACGCGCGCGCACCCACCCGUCAGAACUUUUGAGAGGAAGCACGAAAGCGAAGAAGUGGAGACUGGUAACGUUGGUCGUCAUCAUCGCGCUCAGUUGGGUGUUUGCCGACAAACAGGGGAAGCAGCAGUUCGAAGACAAGACACUUAGCACCCGAGCUCGCUAGCGCACCGGCGUGCAGCCAGCCAGGGUCAGGAUGGCCAAGGUCGGGGCGAUAGCGGGACGCAUGUACCACAUGGCCUUGUUCUUCCUGUUGAGCACGAUCGUGUUGGGGGCCGCCUUCAUCGCGACCUCGAUGUCCUCGCGGUUCUUCAAGUGGUCGGUGGAAGGGUGCUCCGCGUUCGGUAACGUAGCCAUCCCCGGCAGCAGCGAUCUGAUCGUCGACUUCAACCUCGACAUGACGGUGGACAUCGGCUGGAGGGAGUUCACCGUGACCAGCCUUGACCAGGGGACCGAGACGAUGGGCGAGUGCUUGGGUGAGCUCAAGCAAGGGCAAACCUACUCCAUCGGAGACUACCAGGACAACAAUGCCUCCCUGGCAGGACUGGGCAUGGUGGCCUCUUGGGCCCUCGGCGUGCUCGUGGCACUCUACACGUUCGUGGCUUUGCUGGGGGCCAGGCAUGGGCAGAGGAGGGGGGGCGUGUCCCUCAAGAUGCUGACGAAUUGGUGUGCCUUGUUCACCGUUGGUUUGGUAACCGCCACGACGGUGUUUUGGUGGCUGAUUGAGGGCAAGUUCGGGAAGCGUCAGGAGUCGUUGGCCCCCCGCCUGUUCCAGAGGGUAGAGGAGGGGGCGGAGCUGUGCAGCAACGGCAGCACGGAGGACCAGUGCAAUGAAGCCACUUGGUCGAUGGACGCCCCUGGCUGGGCCCUCUCUAUGGGCGUGACUGCGAUGUUCGCGUUCGGGGCUGCGACGUUCUUGCUCUGGAUCAUCGCCCCCCGCGUUGACCACCUGAAUAGCGGCAUCGAGGAGAUCGAGGUGGUGGAACCCGCUAAGCCACCUGUCGGAAACAUCGUCAUGGAGAAGACGCCGCUGCCGGAAGAAAAGACCAGGGGAAAAGACCGCCGUUCAGCAAAGACCGGCGUUCGCGCUGGCGGCAAGGCGCCGAGCUCCACGGUGCAGGGCGGAGACCCCGCGGACGCUGGACCCGACCCUAUGACCUACGCUUUGGAAGAGGGCCGCAACAAGCAGCUCGGUUCGGUGGACGACGACGACGACGACGAAGAGGUGGUUUACCAGAAUCACCAGGUCCACCACGCCGUUAUCAACCACAGCAACCCCAACCCGACACAGAUGGUGGAGGACCAAGGGGCGAGGCAGCAGCAGCAGCAGCAGCAGCUCAACAGGGGGUACAGCCGUGCCACGAGCGGCGGGAGCUACGCCACCGGCGGUGGUCGUUCCUUCGACGAACGAUCCGAGGGUGACUACUCCGAGACGGCCUCGUCCUCGCAGUACUACGGGGGGGGGCACGGGGGGCAAUCGUUCAUGUCGAGCAGUAGCAGAGGGGAAAGCGACGAGUACCGCUAAGUCGCGAGAAGGAAGCCACGAAGGGGGGGUUGUUUUGGUCUAGCGGUUGGUUGGAACCGGUUUGCAGAGAACGAGGUGCUUUUCUGGUAUGUUCAACCAUAUGAGAGGAUUAACAUGUUGAAUGCGUUUCUGGUGUGUGCAGCCAUGAGAGGAUGGACAUGUCGUAUGAGUGCGUUUCCAGCAUGAUAUGGUCAACCGUAUGAGAGAAUUGACAUGUCGGUGCGUUUCUGGAAAGUGCAAUCGUUAGAGGAUGGACAUGUCGAGUGAUAACCUUUCUGGUAUGUGCAACCAUGUCAGAGGAUGGGCUUGUCCAGCAGGAGUUUCAGUCGAGAGUACCAUGGGCGUUCUGGUGUGUAUGGUGUGUGUGUUUCGCACUACGGCAGGUUUUGCCUGUGGCAGCAGUGCUCCUGUGGAAUAGAACAUCGUUCACUUACUGUAAAACUGCUUUUCCCCGCAGGCGAAACUUGUUUGUACGCCUCAAGGGGAGGGGACGUCUUUCGUUUAUCGAUCAAGCCGUUACCAAAUGCGGCUCGUCAUUAUACCAGACCUCUUGUUGUUCGCAUCCAGAGGUGCUUCUCUGUUGCUGCUACUGGCACAGUUAUUGGCUGUAGGUGUUGUGCUUAUUGGUGGCUGGCCCCAAUUCCUUGCGCGAAAACGGAUGUUACGUGAUGUCUUUGCAUGGGGGGGGGCGGGAGUGGUUCAUUCUCGGGGAUGGAAACAACAAUCGUGUACGUAUCAUAUUUGGAGACAAAAAAGAGACAAUGUUUGUCCUGCAGCACCUUGAUGCUUUUUUUGUUCUUCUGUUGCCCUUGGAAAAUGGUCGGGCGUUGUAGACUGGCGUCCUCCGGAUUGCGCAUUAACUCCGUACGUGUGUUCUGUGAUGUACCACAGUAGUUCUGGCUUGUUGGGUUUGUGUGGAUCCGCUGAUGAUACGGACGCGAUGCCUGAAGCCAUUAGCAAAUCAUGCCACUUCGUUGCUCCGCCUUCAGAGCCGUCUUCUCAAGUCGUUCGCGUGUAUCGUCCAAGCUGUCGAAUCUCGCGGCCUUUUGCUAGGGUACGCAGUAGCAUUUGCGCGGUUUUUCGAUUACGUAUACCGAUGUGUUCCCUCAUUCGACGGAGAAGGUUGUUACGGUGGGAUGCUUUUGGUGAGGGGGCGGGGGCGGCGAUUUGUGAACACUCCCCAAUGCGCGCCCCAAGUUGUGUGGGGUGUUUGUUGUGUCGUCUAUGUUCGUCUUGUCAUGAGUCGCGUGCCUACGUAGCGGAACCUUGGGACUUGAGUGAGUACGUCCCUGCUCAGCGAUAAGUGUUCCGCUGUCUGUCCUCUGGCCAGGCUAAUUAUGUUGCAGCGCACGUUGCGUCCUGUCUUUCGCCGUUUUUUUUUCCCGGCCGCGGCCCAGGCAGGCGCGGUGUGGAUCAUGUAGUGUUUCGGCCUCUGUUCAAUGUUGAGUUAUUUGUCGAUUUGGUGUGGAUCUAUAUCAUAUUCUAUUUUGUUCGUCGAACGUCCCGUUUUAUGUCGACGUCCGCUUGUUGCGGGCACGACGGACGUCUCUCGCGGGAACGAUGGCGGUGCUGAUGCUUCAUUUGCGCCGAGCGUUCGGUGAUUAACGUUUAUGUAGUCGAUCUGUGUUGUGUAAUGAAUCGCCAAGGUAGUAGUUUUGACAGGACAACGUUGACUGGAAAUCAUUCGGUGAAUGUUCGAGGUAGCCUUAAUUGAUAUAUAUAUAGCCUUCAACCGGGAAGAAAAGGCGAACAUUAAUCGAGGCGUUUGCGUACAGUGGCGAUGCUGAUGGGGUUGUUGUGAAGUGACCCAAUCCCCACUGUCUGUGGUCGGUCGCUCGUGCGACGCCAGGAUUGAGGGGGCCCACGUCCCCACUAGGAAAUUCUGACACCAGGCAGGCCACCAAGGCAUGUUCAUGCUAUGAUGGUACC